AUGCUACGCAACAUGUUCGUCUAUGCCAUUUCGGACGCUUUGAAGAAACUGUUCCAGGUCGACGCAUCAAUGAGCAAAACAAAUCGAGCUGUAGCUGUUUUGCGAGGAGAUCCGGGAGUAACAGGAACUGUUUGGUUCAAUCAGGACAACGAAUCCGAUCCAUGUGUUAUCAGGGGUGAAAUCAAAGGCAUCACUCCCGGUAAACAUGGUUUCCACAUCCAUCAGUACGGAGACGCUACGAACGGAUGCACUUCGGCUGGUCCACACUUCAAUCCCUUCGGCACGACUCACGGUGGACCUGAUGAUAAAGUUCGUCAUGUUGGCGAUCUCGGUAACCUUGUGGCCGGUUCGGACGGCACUGUCAAAUUUGAACAUACUGAUCACUUGAUCAAAAUUCAUGGAGAAAACUCGGUAGUUGGUCGUUCCCUUGUUCUUCAUGCAGGCGUUGAUGAUCUUGGCAAAGGAGAAGGUCCCGAGAAAGAGGAAUCUAUGAAAACUGGCAACGCUGGAGCUCGUAUUGCUUGCGGUGUGAUCGCUCAUGCUGCUCCACAGUGACUACAAGGCGCGCAUAUCUGAUUGAAAGGACUGUGCAACCAGCGAGCCAUCCGUUAUUUACUACGUUACUACCUUUGAUUUUACGUGUUCUAUUUUAUUGAAAAAUUAUAUCCUGAACAUUUUUUCAUAGAUGCUGAUGUUGUAAUAAAUAG